AUGAGCUGCCAACCUGAACAGUCGUGCUCGACGUGCGACAGCCACGACGCACACCAUGCGGCAAACCACGUCCCGGACAUCGAAGACUACAAGGCCGAGGUGGCGUCUCUGCGCCAACGGACCGCCGACCUGGAACGACAGCUCGCGACCGCGGGAUUGACUGGAAGUUCGACCAAGGUGAAUGGCGAGGAAGACGGUGAGUCGAAGCCGCCAGCACGCAAAUUCCGCUCCGCCCACUGGUUCAACAACCCGGCCGACCCGGAGAUGAUGGCGCUGUACACGGACCGGUUCCUCAACUACGGGCUCACGGUGGGCGAGCUCAACAGCGGGAAACCGAUCAUCGGCAUCGCCCAGUCCGGCAGCGACAUUGCACCCUGCAACCGGUACCAUCUGGAGUUGGCGAAGCGGGUGCGUGAGGGCAUUCGCUCCGCGGGCGGCAUCGUGUUCGAGUUCCCGACGCACCCGAUCCAGGAGUCGGUGCGUCGCCCGACGGCCACGCUGGACCGCAACCUGCUGUACCUGGGCCUGGUGGAGAUCUUGCACGCGUACCCGCUGGACGGGGUGGUGCUGCUGACGGGUUGCGACAAGACGACGCCGGCGAUGCUGAUGGCCGCGGCGACCGUCGACGUGCCCGCCAUCUGCCUGAACGUGGGACCCAUGCUGAACGGGCGGCUGCACGGCACAGCCGACCGCAUCGGCUCCGGCACGAUCCUGUGGAAGGCGCGCGACCUGCACGCCGCGGGCCACAUCGACGACGACACCAUGGUCGACAUGAUCGCCGCGGGCACGCCCAGCGCGGGCCACUGCAACACCAUGGGCACGGCGUCGACCAUGAACGCCCUGGCCGAGGCCCUGGGCAUGGCGUUGCCGGGCAGUGCGGCCAUCCCGGCGCCGUACCGCGAGCGGGCCCAGUGCGCGUUCCGCACGGGCAGGCAGAUCGUCGACAUGGUCCGCGCGGACCGCAAGCCCAGCGACAUCCUGACGCGGCGGGCGUUUGAGAACGCCAUCGUCGUCAACAGCGCCAUCGGCGGCAGUACCAACGCGCCGAUCCACCUGAACGCCAUCGCCAAGCACGUCGGCGUCGCCCUGGACCUGGACGACUGGGACACCACCGGGUUUGACGUGCCGUUGUUGCUCAACGUCCAGCCCGCGGGCGAGAUGCUGUGCGAGGAGUACUACAAGGCCGGCGGGCUGCCGGCCGUCAUGGCCGAGUUGCUGCAGCAGGGGAAACUGCACGAGCACGCCCUGACGUGUAAUGGCAGGACCGUGGCCGAGAACGUGGCCGGCCAGUUCUCCUGGGACCGCAGCACCAUCAGGAGUUACGGCGAUCCGCUGAAGCCGAGCGCCGGGUUUUUGCACAUGAAGGGCAAUCUGUUCGACUCGGCCAUCAUGAAGACGUCGGUCAUUUCCGACGACUUUCGCGCCGAGUUUCUCGACGACCCGAACGAUCGGAAUGCCUUUGAGUGCAAGGCCGUCGUGUUUGACGGGCGGGAGGAUUUCAUCAACAGGAUCGACGAUCCCAAGACAAACGUCGACAGGAGGACCAUUCUCGUCAUGCGCGGCGCGGGGCCGUUGGGAUAUCCUGGCGCCGCCGAAGUCGUCAACAUGCACGCCCCAGGCCAUGUCAUCAAGCAGGGCGUCACUUCAUUACCCUGUAUCGGCGACGGUCGCCAAUCAGGCACGUCCGGGUCUCCGUCGAUCCUGAACGCGAGCCCCGAGGCAGCAGCGGGUGGGAACCUGGCACUCCUUCGAGACGGCGACAAGGUGAGAGUCGAUCUCAACAAGCGGCAGGUCAAACUGCUGGUUUCGGACGACGAGCUGAGCAGGCGUCGUGAAGAGCUGGACGCCAAGGGCGGGUAUGCCGUUCCGGAGAGUCAGACUCCGUGGCAGGAUAUCUUCCGCCGCGAGACGGGCCAGCUGAGCGAGGGCAUGGUGUUGAACUGCGCGCCCAAGUAUCAGCGGAUCGCGCAGAAGUGGCCCGCUCCACGACAUAACCAUUGA